GAUAGGACAUGUUAUUUGGCUGAGAUGAAGCAUACCUUAGCGGCAAUGAUAGCAAUUAAGCGUUGCCAAAGUGCGGAACAAUAUCAUUACAGCUGUUUAUACAUUCAACAAGAGAUGCCGGGCAUCUGCAAAGCAGCCCUUACUGCUACAUGGGAUAAAUGAACGGUCCCUAGGCCUGUGACAUAAUUGACCGAAAUAAGGCCAGCACACGCCGUCACCAACAUUCCAAUAAGCUGUCAUGGCUGGUUCCGAGGUCGAAAACGCGCGAUGUUUUCUCAAAUACUACCAAACAGGGCAGAUAGUAAAGGACUUCCCUGACGCUCACCGAGGGGAGAUGAAGCGGACAGAUGUGAGAGUGGGACUUUUUGGUCUAACAGGUUCAGGAAAGAGCUCCUUCGUAAACACAGUGUCGAGGUGUGUUGAGGGGAAGGACAUGGAGUUGGCGAUGGUGCAGAGUAGCGGCGCAGAAGGAACGGUCAUCUUGGAGGAAUUUGGCUUUGGAGGAGAAGGAACAGAUAAACCUGGCUUCAGACUUUUAGACACCCGAGGGUUUGACAUCUUGGGCGAGGAUGCAAACAAGGAAAUGCUGGCCAUUUUGAAUGGAGAUAUCAGAGAUGGUCAAUUCAUAGAUAGAGGGAAAUCAAUAAAGACCUCCAUGUUAGGCCAUGACUACCAGUUGAGCCGGGAGAUACAUGUGGUACUGUGGUUUGUAAAAGGGACUGAUCCACGCCUGGAGAGUGGAACCUACCAGAGCCACAUGCAGUUUCUAAGAAUGCAGCUCCUGAAUCGAGCUAUGAAGACAUUGACAAUCAUCACCCAUGAUGAUGAACUUCAGAGAAAGGGCUGUACAGAACAACAACGACAGGACAUUGUUGAACUUGCCAGACAGAUAACGGGAAGUGAUCGAGACCAGACCUACUUUGUAACAAAUUACAUGAUGGAGAAACCUUUCCCAACUGAGAGGGUACAACAGGUUCUAGAUAUAGUUAAGAUAGCUCUCAAUGCAGCAGAGCAUACCAUUAGAAUGAGACAAAGUAAAAGGAAACAACAUAACCGAAUGGUGAACUUGUCAAAUUAAUUGUGCUGUCGGUGCAGUAAUAGAUCACGAGCUAUCAGCACAGAGUAGAAAGAGUGUUAAUGUGCAUUGUAUGCAUUAUACUUUUCAAGGCUAAUGUUUUCAUGUAUGCAAAAUAAUUCAGGACAAAAGUAACCGUUUAUACCCUACUUACUAAAAUGCGUCAGCAGGAGAAAUAUUUUUGCUUUUGUUGGAAAAUGUCGCUUAUUUUUAAGCUAGGCCUUUAUUGCACAAUGUCAAUGGAAAUUAAUAAGCAAACGGGUCUACUAUGACUACAAAGCGAAAAAAAGUAUUUGUAUUGGCCACCUGCUUUUUGUUUAAUUUGUCAUUUUCAACUUUUCACCUUUGAUCAUUAUACAUUCAACUUGCACCAGGACUGAAAAAGAACAAUUCAUGAUUUAACUUUCACCAGCAUAUGUUGACUUUAUCAACCUCUGAAAAAAUGUCGGCCUUUUUUGUAUGCCAAACGUGUGAAAAGAGUAAAAGUCUGGGGCUCUGUCAAAUAUACAUCGAGACUAAAUCUCAUAAUCAUCUUAUAAUUAUUUGGGUUUAAUUAUACUAGCCUGAUACUCAGGAGCCCAAAUGAUAAUCAAGUCAGAACCAAUUUCUUCCUUAAUACUAGUGUUCAGCGAAA